AUGUCCGGCGAGGUCAAGCAGAAAGGCAUACUGAAUGACGCUUCCUUCUCUGAAAUUCCAAGCACUGUGUGCGAUGAAAACGACCAAAUUUCUGUCAAGGAGGAAACCAAGUACGACUCUGCUUCUGCUCAGACUUCCGAAAGUGAUGUGGAAACUUUCAGAAAUGGCAGCGAUUCAGAACAAGCCGAUAACUUUGACUGGGAAGAUGAAGACCCAGUAGAAGAUCGCCGUUGCGAUGGUAAGGAAAUGCGUAGUAGAAGAGAUUGCUUUCUAUGCCUUGAUCGCAGAUCCUCCCUGGGAUCAUGGAUCAUCUAUGUUAUAUUAAUAUUGAUCUCUGUUGGUGUGUGUGUUGGGGUGUUUAUUGUUGUGCAUCCCGUUGACAGUGAUCAUACCAUGAAGUCUUACAAUCUGUGCUUGUGGUUCACCUUUAUUGCAUUCAUGUUUUGCAUCUCUUUUGUAAUGCAAUGUAUCAUUGAACUAUUCCCUUUUGUCCUCAAAAAGAUUGUAGACACGUUUUACCCAACAAGAAGCGAAUAUUUGCGCUCAAGGCUCUCAUAUUACAUGGCAUUGAAGAACUACACAAAGAUCGUUGCUAUGGGAGCAUGGGCUUGGGGUUCCUGGGCAUUCACUCGCAGAUAUAUUGACAAGCCCUUUCGACCCAUCCAUGUCAUAACACUGGAGUAUGUCAGGGAGUGCUUCUUUAUACUGACCCUGUUCCUGUUUGUCGAAAAAUUUCUUUUGCAGUUCAUUGUUAUCUCCUUCCACAAGAAGGCUUACGGUGAUCGAUUUGAGCAAAAUGAACGAGCCUUGAAGAUUUUGGAUAAGCUAAAGAAAGCGAAUGGUGCUGCUACUGGCAACAAAUACAGUGGUGGAGAAAUUGAAUAUAUCUAUUGCCCUGCCGACUACAAGAAACUUCCAGCCACCAACAAGCAAAGCAACACCAACAUACACAGGUCCAUCAUCAACAAGAAGUCUGAAAUACCUUUGAACGAAGAGGGAGAAAAGCAAAAUGUUAGAUUUCCUUCCUCAAGCAUCAUGGACACCUUGAUUGCCAUUCCACCUCUCUCGCAAAGAAACAAUGAUGGUCCAGCGAGUCAAGACAUUGAAUUGGAACAACGAGAAAAUGGCAAUGGCCAAAGCCACAACAACACAAGCUCUAGAAAAGCAAGAGCCGUCAACAGCAUUUAUCAGAGAAUAACACCCAGAAAGAAGAAGCAAAAGAAGACAGAAAGAGAGCUGCGUGAAGAGGAGGAGGAAAAAGACGAAGUCCGUGAGGAACAGCGUUUAGAAGGAUGUGAUCAACGUCGCCAGCUGUUCGAUGGAGAUGGCACCUCCUUCAGCAAGAAGCCUACUCGUCCUAAGCAGUUGAUGCGAUCAAACACUAGUAUUUCUUCGUUAUCCACCAACAGCUCUAUCGAAAAGUCGUUUUUGUCGUUUGGCUAUCUGUUCAAAGAAAAUACAUUGAAUCAAGAUCCCAUUCAUCAAGCCAAGAUCCUAGCCAAGUACAUCUAUCACAAUAUUAUGGGACCCAAUCCAGUGCGACACUACAUGGUAGAAGCUGAUCUGUACGACUUCUUUAGAACCCAUGACGAUGCCAAAGAAGUCUUUAAGUUGUUUGAUGCGGAUAGUAAUGGUGAUAUCAGCAGAAGAGAGAUGCGUGCUGCUUGUAUUAGAAUUUACUGCGAACGCAAGAAUUUGACUCGCUCUAUGCGUGACAUGUCACAAGCUUCUGGUAAAUUGGAUAUCAUCUUGAUGGUCUUCUUUACUUAUGUCUGGGCUAUUGUUGUCAUGGCUGUGUUUGGUGUUGAUAUUGGCACCCAGUUGAUGCCAUUGUGGAGUGCCUUCAUUGCUGCUAGUUUUAUCUUUGGUAACAGUGCUAAAGACGCGUUCGAAUCCAUCAUCUUUGUCUUUGUUACACAUCCAUUUGAUACCGGUGAUCGUAUUCUUAUAGGCUCUGAAAAUUGGACCAUCGCUAAUGUUGGUCUUUCAGUGCCAACGUUCUUGUAA